CCUUGCUGGGUCUUAGCCCAGCCAAUUUAGGGUUUUAGCCCAGCCGCAGUCAAUCUCCAACCUUCGCUCGUGCUCUGCUCUCCGUGCGGAAGGCGGCUGGCCGGCGGCAGCUACGUCACCUGGCAGCGGCGGGCGACCGGACGACGUACACGCAGGUCUGCUAAAGGAGAGCAACAUGGCAACACUUAAAGAUGUGGCAACGCGGAAGCCUAUUCUAGCGACAAUCCGCCUCCUAGUUCCUGCUGGAGCAGCCCGUCCCGCACCCCCUGUCGGACCAGCUCUGGGUUUCUACAGGCUCAAUCUGAUGGCUUUCUGCAAGGAUUUCAAUGCAAGGACACAGAAGUACAAGGCGGAAACUCCAAUGCAAGUCACGCUGACCGCCUACAAGGACAGCACUUUCGAGUUUGUAGUCAAGUCGCCAUCGGUCUCAUGGUUUCUCAAGAAAGCAGCGGGCGUCGAGACAGCAAGCAGCCGGCCAGGCCACAACAUGGUGACGUCCCUCUCACUUCGCCACGUCUACGAGAUCGCGAAGCUGAAGCAGACCGACCCGUUCUGCAAGCACAUGUCGCUCGAGGCCCUGUGCAAGUCCAUCAUCGGCACGGCCAAGUCAAUGGGCAUCGAAAUCGUCAAGGAUCUCUGACCGGGCCUCGAGCAUAGUUCAUGUUGCUCCCAUCUGCAGCCGCCUAGUUUCAUCUGGCCUGGAAGAAGGUAGGGAUCAGAUUUCUUUUGAAGGAGAGAACAUUUGCUGCUAGAUCCGUUGAAAUCAUGCCUCCGUUUUCUGUGAUCAAUUUGUACCAUGUGACACAUUUCUUCAGUGCAACCACAUGAGGUUGGUGGUUGGCUAAUAAGUUUGUUUCAGCCUGUGUGUUGUGUAACUCUGGGACAGAGGCUUGGCACCACUGAACCUGUCUAACUGGAAAUUGCAACUUGAACUCCUUCCAUGUGAAGAUGUUUGCUUGGUAAGGGGACAUUGUUGCCG